GCCAUCCUUCCAUCCCAAAGUCUCACCUGCGGAAGAUGGAUCCCCAGAUGACCUGCUUCAGGUGGGUGGCUCUUCUCCUCAUCCUGACCCGUGGCCACCACCAAGGAGAAGCCAAGCCGGCCCCAAAGGCACAGGGCCCGGAGGGGUCCCCAGAGGUGGAAGAAGGGGACGAUGGGCUUGCGUGGCCGCACUCGGAGACCGCCGCCCGGGCGCUCCUGGCUGCCCUCCUGGGCUCCCCGCAGCGCCUCCCGCUCCGGAGCAAGAAGGGCCUCUCCCGGGGGUGCUUCGGGGUCAAGCUGGACCGCAUCGGGGCCCUGAGCGGCCUGGGCUGCUGAACCUCACCUGGGGAAGAGUAAGUAACACCUUCGAGACGCCCACUGAGACCACCAACACCUCCAUUCGUCCAUUCAUUCGUUCUGGAUCUGCAAGAACUAACUACAUAACAGCAUAAAUAAAUGAGAGUUUAAGCUGAAGUUACUUCUUUAGACUUUGGAGAAGUUACUCUGAGUGUAUCGACUCACCUGGACUCAUAAAGCAAUUCAGUUUCCCACUGGAGGUGGCUUUACCUUCCAGAUGCAUGUUUGUUCUCCCUGUUGUGAAAAGUAACUCAUUACAAAGGAGUUUGGUAACUUGUAAUUCAUUAUUGUUCCGGGGUAAAGUGAUGUGUCAAAUAAAUCUGUUUUCAUAAUUGUG